AAUGAAGUUACACUUUAUUUGAAUAUUAAAGCAUUGCUCUUUUUUUUCCUCAAACGCAUCUUUUGCUGCGUUUUAGGCACACAUGGCUUGGCAGGGAAUGAAAACAAUAAUUUUGUUUUUGUGCUAUAUUGAUUUGUUACUAUCACGGAAUUCAAAACCGAUCUCUUCUUUGGAUCAUUUUUCAGACGUAGAUUAUGAUUAUUCUGAUGGUGAAGCUGAUAAAUCAGAAGUGCUGGUUAAAAACAGUAAACAUGUAAUGAAAUCGGAGUUGGCAGUUUACUGUAAUAAUAAUACUAUGAAAGUGAUUUUGCCCUCUGGUUCUCUCAGUCAGGUCAAAAUCUUGGGUUUUGCAAUAAUUGAAAAUGUGCUUGAGGCCCCAGCAGCCUGUGGAUACUCUCUGACACAAGGCCAUGGACGUAAUAUUUUGGUUGUUGACUAUACUGGCUGUCAUGUCACCUUGGAGGAUGGCCAUUAUACCCUGAGGGUCCUCUAUCCAAAUGAAGCUGGAAAGUUGGAUGUCGCUACAUUGUCUUGUGACGCAAACCAAAGUCUCACUGCUUCCCUAAAACGGCUCAAUGUGCGGUCAGAUCAGACGUGUGCAAAACUACCGCUUGCACAACCUUCUCAAUCAUCUCCUCCCCAAUCCCCACCAAACCUGUUCCCGCUGAACAGCAAAUCAGGGGGCUGUAUCAUCUCUGCCGAUCAGAGAGUGUCAUGUAGCACCUCUGGUAUAAUGCAAGAGGAAUGUCUGACCAUAGGAUGCUGUUUUGAUGCAAUGACCUCAGUCUGCUACUAUCCCAUGGAUGAAUGCACUGCUGAUAAGAAUUUUGUGUUUGCUGUUCACAAUGAUUUCAUAAACUUCCCUGUGAACCCCAUGAGCUUGAUUGUUGCUGGGAAGACUGGUUGCAAACCUGUUAUCUCCAACAAAGACUUGGCCAUCUUCAAAUUUUCUGUCACUGAGUGUGGAACACGUUCUUAUGUCAUAGGCGAGACCACAAUUUACCUGGCUGAGGUACAGACACUCAUCAAAGUCCGCAACCUGAAGUAUGGUGUGAUCUCCAGGGAUAAUCCUAUCAGAUUGAUGGUUGAAUGCCGCUACCAGAAGCAUUCAGCUGAUCCUUUGCUUUCCAGGCCUGUGCUUGCCAGUGCAGGGUACAUGGUUAGGAGUCCCAGUCUUCCUCCAUACCUGCUCUCUGAAGGACUGUUUGGAGUUCAGCUUUUGAUUUCUGAGGACGAGACUUUCACCAAGUUUUAUCCACAGUGUCAUCAGCCCUUGCAUGUUCUUUUGGGGAAGCCUGUAUAUCUGGAGUUGCGUCUGAGAUCUCCAAAACCUACAGCUACUCUUCUAGUUCACUACUGUGUGGCAUAUCCACGCUCUGCUAAGAGUGCCCUGGUUCUGCUUUUUGAGGGAUGCCCCAAUCCUCUUGAUUCAGGCAAUACCUCCAUUCUUUAUGUGAAACAUCUGCCUCAGAAUCAGUACCAGCGUCGCUUUGAGAUUAAAGCCUUUCAGUUCAUGGAUUUGUCCACCAAUAAAUAUCUAAAUGAGGAGAUUUACUUCAUGUGUUCUACUGAAGUGUGCAUGCCCUCUGGGUCUCCUUGUGCAGACACCUGUUUUGAUGGAAAGUCUCAAUGAAUAAGGCCCAGGUGAGCCACUGGCAGUUGGAGUUUGUGUUUGUGCUGUCUAACUUGGAAUAAAUUUUUUAUCUCUA